CCUCAACUCACUCUGGAGGAGACCAUCACUUCUCUUUUCCAGUCGCUAAAACUCGAUCCGGCUGCAUCCGCCUACAUUGAUCCGUCUGGUACCCAUCAUGAAGGCUCAAAGAAUCCGGUAUGGAAAGAGCCUCUAGGCAAAAAGGUUCUGAUAGUCGACAUCGACACACGUAAGCCGACUGGCAAGAAUGAACUUCUUAAUCCUGGACGAAUCGACUGGGAACACAUCGGUGGAGAAGGUGGGGGCAUGGUGUCCAACUCCAUCCUGAACCACUAUAUGUACGCCAUGAUCCACGGGUAUGAAUACAUGUUUUACCAAGCCCGCGACAUGGAUGAUCGUCACAAUACGUGGGUUCUACCUCAUGUAGUCCGCGAGCUGCUACCCAAAUACCAGUUCGUCGUCGUCCUCGACGCCGACGCUAUGGUCCCGCAUCUAGAAAUUCCGUUGGAGUGGAUGUUCAAUCGCUGGGGCAUCAAGGAAGAAACGUCCAUAGCUCUUCCAUGGGACACUGAAGAAUUCCGCAGUGGCGGAUCAAUCAGCGCGGACAGCAAGGGUCUGCGUGUUCUCAAUACCGGCCUCGUCAUUGCGCAGAACUCCACUAACACACUGGAAAUGCUGGAAGCGUGGCGCGAUUGUCCAACCGAAACACGCUACAAGGGCUGCGCAGAAUGGAAAUUCAACUGGAGCCACGAACAGCGCGCAUUCUUCGAGUACCUCCGCUACGACUACAACGACACAAUUGUGGCCAUCCCUUGUGAGGAAGCCGUGGGCUGGCCGGGUUUCCGUGAAGAGAUGCUGGCUCCCGGUAGCUUUGAUGAUGAUAUCUCGGAUUGUAAUGGGACCUUCAUCAGACAUUACACAGCCAGGGGAAAGCCGCAAGUCAGGGAAGCUGGUGGGAUCAGCGUGAUGCAGCUCAUGACCGAAGUGAUACAGAAGAGUAUUCUGUCAAAUCCAAACAAGGUGUGGUACAAAGAGCCAAAACACAAUCCCGACCCGCCCAAGAUCACCCGCCCAAAAGAGCAAGACAAAAGUGACCAGGUCAAGGAGGAGAAGGGGAUACAUAUCGAGAUAGACGUGGCAUGA